AUGGAGAAACCAUACACAUGCGAUAUUUGUAAUAAAACAUUCAAUCUGCGAUCGAGUGUAAAAAGACAUUUACGGUCGCAUACCAAAGAGAAAAUCUCACACAUGCAACAUUUGAAGGAGAAAUUAAGAAUACAUGUGCAAACUCAUACACAAGACAAACCGUACAAAUGUGAGUUUUGUGACGAAGCAUUUUCUGAGAAAGGGAAUUUAAAAUUUGUUUUUGUUGUUGUUACUUUUGGCACUUUACAACCCACUGACAGAUCUAAACCACAUGUAUGUGACAUAUGUGAAAAAACAUUUUAUCGCCGGCCAGAUUUAGUAAGACAUUUACGGUCGCAUACACAAGAGAAACCUUAUGCAUGCAACAUUUGUAACAAAGCUUUUUCCGUGAAGGGGAAUUUAAGAGUACACUUGAGGACGCAUACACAAGAGAAACCAUACAAAUGUGAUAUCUGUAACAAAGCUUUUUCUGGGAGGGGGAAUUUAAAAGUACACUUACGAAUGCAUACGCAUGAGAAGCCAUAUACAUGUGACUUUUGUAACAAAGCAUUUCCCUAUAAGAAGAAUUUAAUAAGACAUUUACGUAUCCAUACACAAGAGAAACCGUAUACAUGUAGCAUUUGUAACAAAGCUUUUUCCGAGAAGGGGAAUUUAAAAAAACACUCGCAUGUGCAUAUGCAAAAAAACAAAUAAAAAAACCCAUAAUCAUGUGAUGUUUAUAGCAAAGCCUUUUCUACAAAGUUGAAUUUAAAAUUGCAUUUUCAGAUGCAUACAAAAGAGAAACCAAUUGCAUGUGAUUUUUAAAUUAAAGCAUUCUGUAUUGCACACCAUUGUAGACAGAAGACAAUUAUAAAAAAGGAAUAAGCCAUUCAUUUGGGAUGUUAAUAAAACAUUUUCUACAAGAGCAUUUCAAUAAACAAAUACUAAGAGUCUUUUUUUUUUUUUUUUUACUGGCACAUACUGAGAUACUAUUUCUGUUACAUACAUGAUUUAAAUAUAUUUUUUAAAUAAAUAAUUUAUACAAUAUAUAAGAUAAGACAGUGAAAAUGAAUAAUUUAUAAAUGAUGAAAGUCCCACUAUAUAUGUUGAGGAAUAAAUUGCCUGAAACCCAGACAUCUGCCUUCAUUCUAUUACUUAACAAUCUUCCAUUGAUUCAUUUAGAUUCUAGAUGCAUAAGGAAGAACUGUUACUUUUUAAUUAAUAAUAAAGCAUUUAAUUGCAAGGAUUCUUUAAGGAUACAUUCACAGUCCUACUCUGAAUGGAAAUUAAACAACUACGAAAUAUGAACUAAAAUGUUUUGUGCAUUAAUGGUUAAUAAUUAACAUAAAGUUAAAGAUUAACCUAGAAAAAUUAUUAUUGUAAUAAAUAAAUGGUAAGGAAUGUGUAUCCUUAAGGACUGAAAAAUUUUUAAUUAAAAUGUCUUAAAAUAAUUUUUUGUUCUAAUAAUUUUGUUUUGCAUGACAAAAACAUAAAUUUGUUUUUUUAUUACAUUGUGAAACAUUUAAAUGGAUAUUUAUAAGUCAAUUCCUCAUUAUCAACAAGAUUUUGUAUAUACAUAUUUGCCGAUAUAUUUUGCAUGUACAAAUGUAUAUUGACAAAAAUUUGUAUUGUAAAAAAAAAAAUUGCUCCUAUCUUAUUACUGCAUGUGUGCCUAGAGCAUUUAAGUUUUCUUCUAGGAUGUCUUGUAGCUUCUUGAUUUAUAAGGAGCUGUAAAAUAAACUUAUGAAAGUUUAGAAUUAACAUAUGUAUGCUAUAUAUAUGAUUCAAUAAUUGAUUUUGUUUGUUAAGAAAGAUAUGCUUCCUUUUUCAUUCAUAUAUGAUAGUGUAACUUCAUGUUCUUAGUGAUGCAAUUUCAUCCAUAUAUCUUUCCGCUUUUUAAAUCUGUAUCAUAUAUAAAAUCAAGUUUUAUUGUUAUGUUUCUUAUAAGUUUGCCUUUGAAAUAUGAAUAAUUAAA